AUGGGCUUCUGUGGUGAUCGUGAAAAGGGGCAGACUUCUCUUGAGGAGAAAUGGGACUAUGUGAACCUCGACGAUUUCAAGUCUGAGUCCUGCCUAACACCCUUCUCCUAUUUUUUCCUUUGGUUCUUUCUCAUCAUCUCGUUGGCCGUGUAUGGCGUCGAUACCUUUACUGCCGUUAACCUCCUCGCCUUCUCUCGAUGGGCUGGUCAAAUCGAACCCACCAUCCCGUUUCACAUCUCGCGCUGGAUUUACGCCGUCUGUAUCAUCAUCUCCUUCGCUCUGUUGGUUUACCGAUGGAUGGUUGCCAUCCGCGCCAUCCGCUCGAAAAGUAUCGCACGCAGCUACCUUAACUCUCUCGCUGUCCGCAUUCAAAGUAUUCGACCGGGCAGAAGAGGUCGCGGGUGGAAACGCUUCCUGGUGUUUGCGGAGUUGACCAAGAGUAAGAAGGGGGCGGAAUAUGUGGCUUUAUUCACCUAUUUCUCGUUCGAGUCCUGGAUGAACACUGUUUUUGCCGACGGACCGCGCCAGGUCGUCAAUGCCAUAACAUUGUAUUCUGUGAUGCAGAUGGACCUUCUCCCUGGUGGACAGAACGCAGAGAAAUCCGAUGACAGCGGGGCUGCGCAAUUCUUUGAGAAUGUGAAGAUCCUGGCAGUGAACAAUAACCUGCGAGCCGUGGUCUUGUUUUCCAUGUUGUUCACCUUGGUCAUCUGGGUUCUGUCCGUCAUCAAACUGUUGAUCGCUAUCGUUCUUUACUUGAUUUUCCUCUUUCACCACAUCCCGUCGCGCGAUGGUACCUUGACAGCUUAUUGUCGCCGCAAGAUCAAUACCCGUGUGAUGCGCAUCGUCAAGGUAAAGGUUAACAAGGCAUUGGCCAAGGGAAUGGCUCUGCAAGACCGAGCACCGACACAGCCAAACAUGGGUGCGAAUGUCAGACCAACAUUGCCAACCGUUGGGAAGGGUGAAGACAAGGGACCCAUCGUUACAACGAUCUCUCGCUCGACGACUCAAACCACGUUGCCCUCGCGUCCGGGAGGUGCAGUGGCAGACCGCAACCCUACACUUCCUGACCUGUCGUGGUCCGAUGAGCAUCCUGGGCUAAGCAGAACGGCCACUGAGACGUCUGCGUUCUCUGAAUCAACUGCGGUUUCGACAUACAGUCCUCUGGACCGCGGACCGUCACCAGCACCACCUGUGCCCCCUCUACCAGCCAACAUCCCUCCUAUGCGUUUAAACACGCCUGCCACUCGACCACCGGCCUCACGGUUCGCUCCCACACCGACCACGGCCCGGUCUACCCCAGCACCUGGAUACCGGGGAAUGACCGAGGAGCGUAGCUACGGCGCUUAUGGGCCUCCUAACCCGGUGCCUUACCGGUCUCACACUGCGGCUCCUGAUAUGUAUGGCCGAUCGAUGACUCCUGGUGUUGUCAUCUCACCGUCAGCACAAACGGACUAUCCCACUCGAACCUUUACCCCGGUUGCUUCAAGUGCAACUGCACAACCCGGUUAUCCAAUGCCAUCAUUCACCCCAUUCAAUCGAAGCGCUUCUCCCGCUGUCGCACCGGUUGCGUAUCCCGAACGAACCUUCACCCCGAUGAACCAAACCCCUCAGCCUAGCGGUGGAAACUACCACGCUUUCGCAUACCCCGGACAAGACUCCGGACAACAACCAUUCCGGCCCUACCGCAACGAUGGCAACUUCUGA